AUGCCUCAGACAGUUAUAACACAUUUACCCUCUGUAGGGUCUGAUCACAAUCCUUUGUUAUUGGAAAUGAUUGACAAACAGGAGCACACUAUCAAAUACUUCAAGUUCCUACAUCUUUGGGUGGAAAAUGAAAACUUCAUGAGCACUGUCCAAAACUGCUGGGAAAAGGAAGUUACAGGGGAUCCUAUGUGGUGCUUGCAUCAAAAAAUGAAGAGGCUGGUCUCCACUCUCAGUGCUUGGUCUAAAAGAGAAUAUGGGGACAUAUUUGCUACAGUUAAAGAGUUCGAAGAGAAGGUUAGAAAUGCAGAGAUAGAUGUAUUACAUAAUAAUACUGCAGACAGCCACCAAGAUAACAUCAAUGAGGAGAUCCUUCAAUGCAUACCUAGACUGAUCACUGAUGAACAAAACCAGGCUCUAAAGGAUGAUCCUACUAUUGAUGAAGUGAAACUGGUGGUUUUUGCCAUUAAUCCUAAUUCAGCAGCAGGACCGGAUGGUACGAAUGGAAAAAUUUUCCAGGUGUGUUGGGACAUCCUCAAAGAGGACCUCUACAGAGCAAUGCUAGCCUUCUUCUGUGGUCACAAUAUGCCUAAAUACAUGACUCAUACCUGUUUGGUUCUUCUUCCAAAGGUUGAUCAUCCCAACAAACUGUCUGAAUUCAGGCCUAUAAGCUUGAGCAAUUUCUCAAAUAAGAUCAUUUCCAAGCUCCUUAGUAUCAGAAUUGCACCUAUCUUGUCAAACCGUAUUUCAGAAAAUCAGAGUGGCUUUGUAAGAGGUAGAAGCAUUUCUGAAAACAUUAUGCUGGCUCAGGAGAUCAUUCAUGGCAUCAAGAAGCCCAAGGAGGGGGAUAAUGUAGUGAUAAAGCUUGGCAUAGCCAAGGCCUAUGAUAGAGUGUCCUGGGCUUAUACUUGUAUGGUCAUGAGGAAAAUGGGCUUUAGUGAAUUCUUCAUUGAUAUGAUAUGGAGGAUUAUGAGCAACAAUUGGUACUCGGUUAUUAUCAAUGGAGCCAGGCAUGGAUUUUUCCAUUCUACGAGAGGUUUGAAACAAGGUGACCCUUUGUCACUAGCCCUAUUUAUUUUAGGAGCUGAAGUGAUGUCAAGGAUGCUGAACAACAUUUAUUUGAACCAGAACUAUCAAGGUUUCCAUAUGGAACUUAGAGGCCCUCAGAUAAACCAUCUUAACUUUGCAGAUGAUGUUAUUAUAUUUACCUCUGGCAAGAGACUUGGUAUUCAACUUAUUAUGAAGACCCUGACUACUUAUGAACAAGUCUUUAAUCAACUUAUUAACAGAGACAAGAGCCAUUUCAUGAUUCCUGUGGACUCUCCCCAAGACAUUACUGAUAUGAUUAAAGAGGAAACUGGUUUUACACAGAAGGACAGUCCGAUUAACUAUCUGGGAUGUCCUUUGUAUAUUGGAGGACAGAGAAUCAUCUAUUACUCCCAGCUGGUGGAUAAGGUGGCUAAAAGGAUCUGUGGGUGGCAAGCUAGGUUGUUAAAUUUUGGAGGUAGAUUAACUCUAGUGAAACAUGUUCUUCAGUCCAUUCCCAUUCACACCAUGGCUGUUAUUUCCCCUCUCAAAACCACUCUUCAAUACAUAAAAAGUUUAACUGCAGAUUUCUUCUGGGGAAGGGAAAAAGAUAAGAAAAAAUAUCAUUGGGCUUCUUGGGAGAACAUCACCUUUCCUUAUGAUGAAGGUGGUCUGGAAGCCAAGUAUUGCCAAAGAGCUAAUCCAGUCGCCAAGAAGUGGGAUACGGGUCAGUCAUUGGUUUGGAAGUAUAUGAGCCAAAACAAACCCCUGGUAGAAGAGCACAUCAAUUGGAAGAUACACUCAGCUUUGAGAGGGAAACUUCCUACGAAUGACAGAACAGCUGCUUUUGGAGUAACUCCUGCAAGGUGCUCUUGCUGCAUCAAGUCGGGAUGGGACACUAUUGAUCACAUCUUUGCCACAGGACACUUUGUUAACCACAUUUGGCAACUUCACUCAAAUAUGUUUGGAAUUAGGCAGGACAGGAUCCCCCUGAGGAAUCUAAUCGCGAGAUGGUGGACCAUGGAAUAUAGAAAUGAUGUUCAGAAACUACUGUAUCAUGCAAUGCCUAUCAUUAUCAGCUGGAACCUCUGGAAGAAUAGGUGCUCAGCUAAAUAUGGAGGGAAACAAUCUAGCAUCACAAGAGUCAAGUUCAUGAUCUUUAAAGACAUCUCCCUCCUCCUCAAUACUGUCUUUCCCUAUCUGCAAUGGCCUAGCUCUUGGCAGGAACUUCUCAAUUAUGUCCAGCAAUGCUCUCAUGAAAUAGGAGUCAGACCUGUCAUCUGGAGCAAACCACCGGUAAACUACUGUAAAUUGAACACGGAUGAUAGUGCAUUAGCGAAUCCUGGCAUGAUAGGUGGGGGAGGCAUCCUCAGAGACCAGGCAGGGGAUAUUAUUUUUGCAUUCACAGUACCUCUUGGUACAAGUACCAAUAACCAGGCAGAAGUUCAAGCAGUUGUAUUUGGUCUUAACUGGUGGUAUCAACAUGGCUACAGGAAGAUAUUUGGUCUUAACUGGUGCUAUCAACAUGGCUACAGGAAGGUUGUGGUAGAAGUAGACUCAGAACUACUCACUCACUGGCUAAAUCUCAAUAUUAAUCCUCCAUGGAAGAUACAACAGUAUGUUCAGGAACUACAAAACCUCAGUCAACAGAUGGAAGCAUUCCAAUGCCUCCAUACCUACAGAGAAGCCAACACCACGGCUAACUUUCUUGCCAAGUUGAGUCACCAGAAAGAUAUUCCUCAACUAUUUUACACUCUCCACCAACUACCUAUUCCGGUCAAAGGAAGCUACUUAUUGGAGAAGAUGGGUAUGAUCAAUUUCAGAAGAAGGAAGCUGAAAAGGAUUAACAAACCACCUUGA